UCCCGCUCUCCUUCCCGAACCGCCAUUUUGAAAAUCUUGUUGAUUCUGAGGAGCCGAGCGCGCCGCGCAAGAGUCACACCGGCCCGGGGCCCGCGAGCCUUCUCAGCGGCGGCCUCCCCGUGAGCUCGCGUGUCAGGCCCGUGGCGGUCAGGACCCGCGGUUUCCAGCAUGUCGUCCGCGGCGCCUGCUGCGGAGGGCGACGACGCCCCUGCCCAGCCAGUGUCAGAGAAGGAACCCGAGAUGCCGGGCGCCAGGGACGAGAGUGAGGACGACGACGACGACGAGGACGACGAGGAGGAGAAAGAAAAGAGUCUCAUCGUGGAAGGCAAGAGAGAAAAGAAAAAAGUAGAAAGGUUGACAAUGCAAGUGUCUUCCUUACAAAGAGAACCGUUUACAAUUGCACAAGGAAAGGGUCAGAAACUUUGUGAAAUUGAAAGGAUACAUUUCUUUCUGAGUAAGAAAAAAACAGAUGAACUUAGAAAUCUACACAAACUGCUUUACAACAGACCAGGCACAGUGUCCUCAUUAAAGAAGAAUGUGGGUCAGUUCAGUGGCUUUCCAUUUGAGAAAGGAAGUAUCCAGUAUAAAAAGAAGGAAGAAAUGUUGAAAAAGUUUAGAAAUGCCAUGUUAAAGAGCAUCUGUGAGGUUCUCGAUCUGGAGCGCUCAGGGGUAAAUAGCGAACUAGUGAAGAGGAUCUUGAAUUUCUUAAUGCAUCCAAAGCCUUCUGGAAAACCAUUGCCAAAAUCUAAAAAGACUUCAAGCAAAGGCAAUAAAAAGGAACGGAACAGCUCUGGAACGGCAAGGAGGUCAAAGCAAACCAAAUGUCCUGAGAUUCUGUCCGAUGAGUCUAGUAGUGAUGAAGAUGAGAAGAGAAACAAGGAAGAAUCUUCAGACGAUGAGGACAAAGAAAGUGAAGAGGAGCAGCCACCAAAAAAGACAUCCAAAAAAGCAAAACCUAAGCAGAAAGCUGCUGCCAAAAGUAAAAAGUCUGUCAAAAGUGCCAACGUCAAGAAGGCAGACAGCAGCACCACCAAGAGGAACCAGAACAGUUCCAACAAAGGUACCUCAGAAACUGAAUCCGAAGAUAGUUCUGAUGACGAACCUUUAAUUAAAAAAUUGAAGAAACCACCUACAGAUGAAGAGCUAAAGGAAACAGUAAAGAAAUUGUUGGCCAACGCUAACUUGGAAGAAGUCACAAUGAAGCAGAUUUGCAAAGAGGUAUAUGAAAAUUAUCCUGCUUAUGAUUUAACGGAGAGAAAAGAUUUCAUUAAAACAACUGUAAAAGAGCUGAUUUCUUGAGAUAGAGGACAGAUGAUUUGUUCAGAUUUGAAGAUCCGACUAUACCAUUAUACCAGCAAAGAGAAUGUAUUUUCUUUUCUAAAUCCAUUGUGUUGGUAGAACUCAUUGCAGACCUUUUUUAUCUUGUGUGUUGUGUAUCUGAGCUUGCUGUUUUAAAUUGCAUUUCUGUGCAGUUUCUAGUUAACCCUUGCAUGGCAGUCAUUGUUCUAGCUUUUAUAGUUGUAUUUUGUACAUUUUGGGUUUCUUUAUAUAAGGUCAUAGAUUCCUGAAGUGUUGUGGAUUUUAGUGCACUUAAUGGUAGCCUAAGACAUACUUUUAAUCAAGUAGAACAAAAACUAUUAUAACCAGCAUUUAUACAUGCGAGACUAUUGCAGUAUUUAGUAUAUGAAAUAUUUUGAAUACACCUCGCUUCUGUCAGAGUGAAAACUUAGUGGCAGUGUGUUCAUUAUACUAGGUUUCCAGUACAGCAUUCAGGUGACAAGAGUUGGACUUUUCCUGCAUGUGUAUAUAUGUCAGGUUGUCAGCAUGACAGAAGUGACAGAUGUUAUUUUUGUAAUUUUAAAAGACAAUUUGUUGUAUAUAAUUUUUCUUAAUUUUUGUUGCAAAUCAAUUUUUAAACAUGUCUUUACACUUGUAAACUAAAAAAUGUCAGUGUUGAGCCAGACGGUGUGACAGCAGUGCAGUCAGCUCAGUGAAGGGAUGCUGCAGGAGCGAGGUGCUGCUCCCCGGUCAGCUCAGUGAAGGGAUGCUGCAGGAGCGAGGUGCUGCUCCCCUGUCAGUUGGUAGUUGUAGUGUUCAGUCCAAGUACAUUUGGCUUAUGAGUGAAAUAAUUGCAAACUACCUUCAUAAUUAUGGUGUCAGGUAAUGCCAGAAGAGUAUAUAUAGGCGAUGUAGAUCUCAAAAAUGUAAAGUUAAUGUUACAAAUUGCAAAAUCAAGGCUAUUUUAAAUUUUGGCCAAUCAAGAUUCUAGGUGAUAAACAUAGGGACCACCCCUGAAAUUUAAACUAAAUUUUGUCUAAGUUUAAUUACCUAUUUCUGAAUUUAUACAUGCUGCUUGACAAAAUUACAUAUUUGAUAUACCAACUGAGUGUUUAAUCUUUGUAUUUUAGAACAUUAAAAAAUCAAGUGUUAACAGGUAUUUUCCACAUUGACUUGCUUUAUACAAUUAAGACGGUAGGGAGGGAGAGGUUUGCUUAAGAGGGAAUGGGAUGUGACUAAACAAGAAUUGGCUUUGACUUUGAAACAUUUGUUAUAAACCUUGGCAAUAAAAAUAAAAUUGUUUUAA